AUGGACUCCAUUUAUAUUAUACUAACAAUAGGUUUUGUUUUUCUCUGCGCAAAUCCAGUUAUUUCGUCGUGUUUGACAGGUUGUUCUUGUACCGAUGACAGCUUUGGAAGAUCUGUGCUUUGUAUGGCGACCACCUUAAGAAGAAUCCCAGAAAACAUCCCCCAAGAUGUCAAGAAAAUACGAAUUGAAAACUCCCACCUUACAGAAUUACCCCGAGGCGCAUUCUCCAGAGUUGGUUCCUUGGAAUAUCUGUGGCUGAACUUCAACAACAUAACGGUCAUGCAUAUUAAAAGCCUUGAGGGUUUAAAUAACCUAACAGAACUCAGGUUGCAAGGAAACAAACUGCAUUCAGUACCUUGGACAGCAUUUCAGGAUACCCCGCACUUAAACAUUUUGGAUCUGAAGCACAACAAGUUAGACGUUCUCCCAGAAUAUGCAUUAAGACAUUUGCUAGGUUUGACCUACUUAGACUUAUCCUUCAAUCAGCUUACUGUCAUUUCCAAAGAGGUCUUUGUAAGCUGGCCUCUGUACCACUUAGCUGAGCAGCCUGGGAGAAGAGAAGAGAGCCCUCCUAAUGUCGUUUUAGCACUCCAUGACAAUCCUUGGCUUUGUGACUGUCGUCUGAAGGGUUUUGUUCAGUUCAUCCAGUCUGUCAGCCCACCUGUUAUUUUGAUGAACUCCUAUUUAACUUGUGCAGGCCCACAAUUCAAGGCAGGCAAGUUUUUUCAUGAAGUUGAAUUGAACACCUGCAUGAAACCAGUAGCCACCACUCCCACAUCUAAUGUUACACUGCCAUUGGGGGUGAACACGACUCUCACAUGCUUGGCUAAAGCAAGGCCUUCCCCAGCAGUCUGGUGGACAUAUGGUCUGAAGAUUAUAAGAGGAUUUAAUGUAUCACAAACACUCAUUGAUGAUGAUACAAUUAAGUCAGAACUGGUGAUCCCUUCAUUGCACCUCCCAGACAGAGGGAAAUAUACCUGCACUGCCAACAAUUUCAUUGGAAACUCCACUGUGAGCAUUUUUCUCAAUGUGAUUGGUCCAGAUACACUUUCUAGUUUCCCACCCAUGUUCCCUUCAUUAUCCUCCUCUUCCUCAUCAGAAGAAAACAUAUACAUAGACAUUAGAAUUGCAAAACAGACUGUGUACGGCAUAACACUGGAAUGGUAUGCUGCUACUGAGAAUCCAUCUGAAACCUGGUACACCCUGCACUUCAGCAAAUAUGGAGACAUCAGAAAAGAACUUAUUUACAUGGGCCCUGGCAUCAAUAGCUAUUCAGUCAAUGACUUGUUGCCAGCAACCAAGUAUGAGAUGUGUGUCACGUUAAAGAACCAGCCCCCCAGAAGAGGUCAGUGUAUUGUGUUUGUGACUGGCAGUGACAUCAGCGAACUGGAGCAAAGAGAGAAGCUCAUCCAUAUCAUAGUUAUUGUGUGUGCCAUGGUUUUGGCAGUGCCGGCUGGAAUGUAUGCCUGCACCACUGAAACACGCUUCAGCUGUUUUGACAAGUGCUCGGAUCUGUGCAGGAGGAAACGACGCCAAGAAAAGAAUCUAAAAGCGGGAGAAAGAGACAGGACAUUUGACAGCUUGCAGACAGGGAGCGAUGAGGGGCUCUGUAACAGGGACUCCAGUGAGGAGGACAAGAGAAGGAGGCUCAGGUCAGAUGAUAAGACGAAGAAGGCCAAAGCUGAACAAAGAAACAGCGCUGAUCUGUAUUAGCUGCGGUCACCGCAGAGCAUUGUGGAGAUGUAAAAAAAAUCUUAUCCUAGAACGUUUUUAAGAAUGUACUUAUACAGUUAUUAAGAGAGCAUAAGAAAUAAGACAUUGGUUUAAGUCUGAAGGUUAAGUCUUAGGAAUUGGUUUAAUGGAAGCUAAUAGAUUCUGAAGUAAAUCAAUGUCUUUCUUCUUUAGUGCUUUCUCAAUUAAAUAUAUUCCUAAUGUGACAGUACAGCACUUAUUGCAAAGCCCAUUGAAAUGAAACAUGGCAGGCUGUUUCUGAAGCAGACUAGCCAGAAAGAGAUUUGAGUGUACGGAACGGUUAGAAAAAUAAAUGUUGAAACCUUAGGGACACAUAGACAGCAUGUUUUAUAUGUUAACAUGGAAAAGCAUAUUAUUCUAUUUUGAUUUUGGUAAGAGAUGAACGUAUACUUAAUAAUCUGUACCAAACUACAGUUUAUG